AUGAAUCAUUUUGUUCUUCAACACAAUUCUUAUGAAACACCUGAAAAUGUUGAUUUUGAUCAAAAGGGUACUAAUAACUUUAUUUGUCCUAAACCGAUUUCGACAAGGCGAUUAAUAUUGAAUUUUUGCCAACAAAAUGAAGAGUACGAUUCAUCAUCGCCACCACCUUAUUUUCUUGGCUCUCCUCCUGUUAGAGCUUCUAAUCCUUUGAUGAAAGAUGAACAAUUUGGAUGUGUGGAACAAAUUCUUCAAUCAACAUCUCCUUCUGGAUCAUCUUCUCCGUCUUCGCCGUUUAGGAAAGGUGGUUGUGUUAGAAUGAAGUUUGGAGAUAAAUCAGCUAAGGUUAGAGUAGUAGGAUUUGAAAGCCAUCUUCCUGCUGUUGCUUAUUAA